GCUGAUGGGGGCGUGGCCAAUAGAGCGUCGCAACCAUCGAGCCAACAUGCUAGCUGAAGAAUUCCUGUGUAACUAGCUUUGCUAACUCGUGCAAUGACAAAUUGGAUUGUUAUUUCUGAGUGUAGUAUCGGUUUUUCAUCGACACUUGGAUCUAGGAUGAAAACAACGACUUGUGUGUGAAGGUCGCUGUUUUCCGUGCCAAGAAGACACGAAAAAACCGCUGUCUCGGAUAAGUAGCCACCAAGCUAGCGCGGCUACUUGCAACAUACUCACACUGCCUGCCAUCACUAGCAGCACAACAGACCGCUAGCUCAGUCCACAAGUCGGCGUGGCUUCGUUGGAAAUUCCUAGCAUUAUCAUGGAGAAGGCUGAUUUCUUGAAAGGACUUCCUGUCUACAAUAAGAGCAACUUCAGCAGGUUUCAUGCAGACUCUGUUUGUAAAGCAUCUAAUCGGAGGCCCUCUGUGUACCUCCCAACACGUGAAUACCCUUCUGAACAGAUUAUUGUAACAGAGAAAACCAACAUCCUCCUGCGUUAUCUCCAUCAGCAGUGGGACAAAAAGAACGCAGCAAAGAAAAGGGAACAGGAACAAGGUGAGGGUGACAGCCCAGCACCCCCGAGGAAGAUUGCCAGGACAGACAGCCAAGAGAUGAAUGAGGACUCAUAAGAGUGUGUGUUUAUUUGUGUGUGAAAGCAGUGUGUGAGUGUUUGUGUAUACUGGGUAUAGCCAGUGUAAACGAGCAACAAACGCAACAAAGGAUAAUCCCGACUGAGUAAAGACUGAUGGUCAUUCUGCACUGUGGCAGAGCAAGAUGCCUUUCCUGGCACAAAAUUGAGAAUUUACCAUAGAGGAGAGGCCAUUUAAAGUUUGGUAUAAAGAAUGAUCAGAAAAACUAACCAGAGAAGGUCUCAGCGUGACUAUCAGUCACUGACUGAACAGAGUUGUUGUCAGGAGGGAACUUAAUACAGAUGUUUCUUUUAUUUAUGUUGGCUAUUCCCUGUGUGAGUUGGUAGAUGUGAAAAUGUUUGUAUGCACGCGAGUGUGUAUUGUGCUGUAAUGUUCAUGUGAGGUGAAUGAAUGGUGGAAAAGUGUCCGAUUAGAUUCAAGAUCAGAGAUGGACUUGACAGAUGAAGUCAGACACUACCCUACAGUCUCAUAACUGGUACAUUACAUGUGUAGCCUUCAGUCACCUGGAGAGACUGUCCUGAUUUGUGCAAAGACAACAUUUUGUUACUGUUUUAAUUUUAUUAUAACUAUUAUUGUUUAUGUAUGGCAAUGAGCUUCCUGCCAGCCACAGUGCCCACCCUCUCAGUUUCACUGCCCACUCUGCAACCACACGGGGGCACUGCGACAUUUCUCCCCCAACUGUCUGAAUCAACUGAACCAAGAAUGCACUGUGAAGAACAGCACAAAGUAGGAGCAACUCUUCCAGAAUCUCCCCUAGAUGUAUGUUUAUGGUGAAUAUGCAUAUCUUCAUUCUAUUCUGGGACUUGUGCUCAUAGGAUAAAUGUUGUGUUGGUGUUUCUGAGAAAUAUUUUUACAUCUAGCACCACCUUCUGGCUAAUGGAUUCUAGUGAAAAAAAGGCAUUUUCUCUGAGUUUUAGCUGUAAUCACAUCCAAGGAUUUAAAAGAAAAAGAUGGAGGAUGUAAAUUGUAACAUCAGAUGUUCUGUUGCACAACAAGGUAACAGCACAGAUAGUGAAGGAAACUCUGUAUAGGAAUGCCUGGAAAAGGGAAAAAGAAUACAUUAAGAUGUGUGUAAAUAAUUGCCAAUACCACAAUUAGUUUAUCCAAUGGAGUAUCUUUGUGUCUGCCUUUUUGUAAAAUAGUACAUGUCCAUGGAUAUGACAGAAAAUGACCCUUGUGAAAGUAAGGAACCCCUGUAUCCAGGGAAUGUUGCCUUGCCUUGCAUGUUGAUGGCUGGGUAUUCCUGGAGCAGUAAUAAAACAUAAGGGGUGUUGGAGUUGCGUUGUUAUCUUGUGUGACUGUGAAAGGUAUUAGCCUAUAGGCCUUAGAAAAUGUCAUCUUGGUUUGGACCCUCUUCUAACCCCCCAGCUCAGUGCUGUCUCUUUAGCGCUGUCUUUGUGACAACCCUGGAUGUUCUCUGUCCGGGAGCUGGGGGGAUGUUUAAAGAGGAGUUAUAUUUUCAGCCAUAGAAUGCACAAUAAGCAUGCACAGCAAAGUGCAGUCGCCAUCCUGCCUUGUUCCUGAGAUUCAGUUUGUAUUGGUGUCCUAUACUGUACAACACUGAAUAAAGCUUCUUCAUUUUUCUUUUAAAUGUUCUUAUCACUGCCCAGCAGACUCACAUCAAAGCCUCCUGUCCUUCCUGUCUGUUUUUCAGUCGAUGCUGCAGUGUGGGUUGACAGUGUGAUCAGUCAUCUCCGUACCUACAGUGUACAUACCGUCUGUUUCUGAAGUGUAAAAACCACGUUAUGCUUCUGCUCAGAUAGACUGUUCUACAACACCCUAAGCCUUGCCCCAUAUCAUGUGUGUUAGGUCAGAUAUGUUCUUUUUAGCUUUGCUGAAAUAAAACUGGAUUGAAACUGG